AUGGGUAAGGCCGAAGGACGAGGUAAAGAAUGGCAUGGGCAUGUGACAGCUAUAACAGUUGCUUCCGAGUAUCGACGCAUAGGGUUGGCCGAUGGGAUGAUGAAAUUGUUGGAGAACGUAUCAGAUAAAAUCUAUAAUGGAUAUUUUGUCGAUCUAUUUGUCCGUGUAUCGAAUACUGUGGCAAUUGGCAUGUAUAAGAAAUUUGGAUAUUCUGUGUACAGACGUGUUAUCGGUUAUUAUUCUUCUGGUGAUAAUAAUGAAGAGGAUGCUUUUGAUAUGAGGAAACCUUUACCAAGAGAUGAGAAUAAAGAAAGUAUUAUUGAGAACGGUGAACAGAAUCUUGUAAAACCAGAAGAUUUAUAG